AAAUGCAUGUGCACUUCCUGAGGAAAACUGAGAAAACAUAUUUCCAUGACAAUGUAACAAUAAUUGUGACACAAAACAAAUUCUCCAUCAAAAUUAGUUGUUUCUUUACUUUGAUCUCCUUAAAAAGUGAAAAAUUUUCCAGGUUAUAUGGGCGAGCAGAGAUGAAAAUGAUUAUUCUGUGCAAUCUGUAAUAAUGAGCAAAAACACUGAAUAUCAGCUUAUACGUAAAAGAGCAAUUCUAUACUGCCACGUUCCCCGUUGCGUCUUAGAAACAUCGCUUAUAUCGGCAAGAUCACACAGAUAACACUACAUUACAGACACUAACGUCAACGCCAGUCUCAGUUCAUACGAAUGCCACCAGAAGGCAGCGCUAGCAAGCUACAGAACACGCCCAGCCAUCGCAUGACGUUACUCGUCUGUUCCUUCUGAAGGUUGAAUUGCAUUGGUUUGAGACGAGAGCAAUUUAACGUCACAGUGUCGUUCGAGAGUCUGGAAGGGUAUGAGGCGUAGUCCACUGAACAUAGUGCAGUUGUCGAACAUAGCAGAAGCGGUAAACUGAUCUUUCGUUGUGAUCGUUUGUUAUUUUCACAAGUUUGCUCGUGGGUGAAUGUCUGUGUGGUUAGGAGUGAAAGUAUUUUCCGUGAAUAUACUGACUAAACUGCAGGGAAAGUACAAGUAGGACAUGAUUAGGUGCGCUUGACGGAAGGUCAGACAUAGACUUUAAUUCGCGUAGGUCUAAAAAAUGGCUGAGAAGUCAACGAAGUGGACGUUGUUUUGUGUAGUAGUCGCGCAGAUUCUCUCUGUGGCCCUGUCUUCGGAUCACCAUUGCGUGUGGUACGGUGUUUGCGGAAUUGGUGAAGAUGGUAGAUUCAAGAACUGCCCGUACGAUGGGGCUGCGAAAUUGCUGGAUCCCGAAGGUCAGAAACUGUUACAGAAAUGGUGCCCGCAUUUCAAAACAAUGGAUACCUGCUGUGAUACCGCCCAACUGAAGAACAUGGACACUGGUAUAACGCUGGCUGCAAACUUCCUUCAGAGGUGCCCGUCUUGUAUGACCAACCUAAUCAGACACAUUUGUGAAUUCACAUGUUCUCCAGAGCAGAGCAGGUUUGUUGAAGUUGCUGAUCUGGGAGCUUUACAUAACGGGACUGAGUAUGUGAAUGGCAUAAAUGUGUAUGUGACUGAGAAGUAUCUUUCUGGUACUUACAAUUCAUGUCGUGGUGUCUCUGUACCUGCCACUGGGCAGCUCGCUUUUGAUCUAAUGUGUGGUGAAUGGGGGUCCAGUCGAUGUUCUGCACAGAAGUGGUUCCACUUCAUGGGUGAUGCUGAAGGAAAUCCCUUUGUUCCCCUACAGAUGAAUUACAUCUCAAAUAAUGUGCCAGUGGGGUAUGAAGCCAUGGAUCCUCCCUUGAUCCCGUGCAAUGCGAGUGCCGCACCAGGAGUGCCGCCAUGUAGCUGUGUGGACUGCGAAGCUAGCUGUCCAGCUCCACCCCCAGAGAAGCCAGCAGUAGAACCCUUUACUCUGUUGGGGAAUGACGGAAUGGCAGUGACUAUGUCCAUAGUUUUCUGUAUUGGUGUGGCAGUAUUCCUUUUGGGGUUGUACUGCUGCAGUGCAAGAAAUCGCAGUAACAUUGCCAGCCUGAUGAUGGGAGAGGGUGCAGACCCUGUCGGUCAGCGACUGGCGGGCUUGGACCAGUCUCGUAUAGCUCUUGGUGCCGAUGAGGAGGACAGCCCCUUGCGCUCAAAGCGGUCCAGUGUGGCAAGUGCAGAGGGAGCUGUCGUGCCCAGGCAAGUGGGACCAGAAAAUGCCUCGUAUGUGGAGAAGGUGGGAGCAGCAAUGGACAGGUUACUGGAGGAUUUAUUCAGACAUCUGGGCGUGUACUGUGCUACAAAACCUUGGCUCGUGCUGUUCCUUGGACUGUGUGUGCUGGUUGGACUAGGACAUGGCAUUAAGUAUAUGAAGGUUACAACAGAUCCAGUGGAGUUGUGGGCGUCCCCAACGAGUCGCUCCCGUGUAGAGAGGGAGUUCUAUGAUGCGGCAUUCGAACCAUUCUACCGGACCGAGCAGAUCAUUGUGCAUGCGACGGGCCUGCCCAGCAUCGUGCACAACACUUCGAACGGCCCCAUUGAGUUUGGGCCGAUAUUCCACCGGGAGUUCCUAUUGGCACUGCGCCAACUGCAGCAGCAGAUAACUCAACUAGGUCAGGAUGAGGGACAGGGCCUGGAGAAGAUCUGCUAUGCCCCCCUGACAGAGGCAGGGAAGCCGGCCACCCACACAUCGCAGUGCAUCGUGCAGAGUGUCUGGGGGUACUUCCAAGAUGACGAGGAGAAGUUUGAAGAAGUCGACGAGGACAUAGAGGGCUUCGAAGUGAACUAUAUGGAUCACAUAAAGAUGUGCACGCAGAACCCGUACGACCCAGAUCAGUGCUUGGCCCCCUACGGAGGCCCCAUAGAACCGGGAAUAGUGUUCGGUGGCUUCGGCGCCCGGACGGGGGAGAGUAGCUCGCUGAACUACGAGCGCGCCACAGCAGCGAUCCUGACCUUCCUGGUCCGGAACCACCACAACAAGACCCUGCUGGGACCCGCACUGGACUGGGAGCGUCGCUUCAUUGCUUUCAUGCAGAACUGGACAGCCACAUCAAAGCCAGAGUUUAUGGAUGUUGCUUUUACCUCUGAGCGGUCCAUAGAAGACGAGCUGGAGCGUGGGUCUCAUUCAGAUGUCGUCACCAUCUUUGUCAGCUACAUUAUCAUGUUUGGGUACAUUGCCAUAUCACUGGGCCAGAUGAACUCGUGUGCACGGCUGCUCGUUGAUAGCAAGAUAACCUUGGGUCUGGGCGGUGUGGUGAUCGUACUGGCAUCAGUGGUGUGCUCGGUGGGGCUGUUUGGCUUCGUCGGGGUUCCUGCCACACUGAUCAUCAUAGAGGUGAUCCCCUUCCUGGUGCUGGCUGUGGGAGUGGACAAUAUCUUCAUCCUCGUGCAGACACACCAGCGCGAGGGGCGCCAGCCAUACGAGUCGCAUGCGGAACACAUUGGGCGCAUUUUGGGACAGGUGGGCCCAUCGAUGUUGUUGACGUCAGUGUCGGAGUCAUGCUGCUUCUUCCUGGGUGCACUGUCGGACAUGCCGGCAGUGCGGGCGUUCGCGCUGUAUGCGGGCAUGGCACUGCUGGUGGACUUCCUGCUGCAGGUGACAUGCUUUGUGAGCCUGUUGUCAUUGGACACACUGCGCCAGCGCGCCAACCGCCUCGAUGUCUGCUGCUGGGUGCAAGGUCCGAAGGCCGACGCCGGUGCAGACAGUGACACUGAGGGUAUCCUCUACAAGUUCUUCAAGGUGCUGUAUGUACCUCUGCUGAUGCACAAGGUGGUUCGUGCCCUGGUGAUGGUGGUGUUCUUUGGGUGGCUGUGUGCCAGCAUAGCGGUGAUACCACAUGUAGACGUUGGCCUUGACCAGGAGCUGUCCAUGCCACAGGACUCGUACGUGCUCAAGUACUUCAAGAACCUCAAAGAAUUUCUCUCGAUGGGUCCACCAGUUUAUUUCGUGGUAGUUCCUAAGGGUGAAGCCGCAGACUUUUCGCGGCCAGAGAUGCAGAACGCCAUCUGUGGUGGGCAGAACUGUCACCAGGACUCCCUGGUGACACAGGUGUUCACUGCAUCCCGCCGGCCCCGCUCGUCAUACCUCGCAAAGCCACCUUCCUCGUGGCUUGAUGACUAUUUCGACUGGUCUGGUGCGGAGAAAUGCUGCCAGUUCCGUCCAGAAAACGGGUCAUUUUGCCCUCACCGUGCUCCGGGCUGCCAGAUGUGUUUGAUAGAAAAGGACAACAAGACGGGUCGCCCAAGUCCACAGGCUUUCAAUCACUUCCUCCCAUUCUUCUUAUCUGAUAACCCGUCACCGUCCUGUGCCAAGGCGGGACAUGCGGCAUAUGGCCAGGCUGUGGUAAUAAAACCAGAUGGGCGUGUGGGACCGAGUUACUUCAUGACAUACCACACCAUCCUGAAGACUUCAGCAGACUAUUAUGGAGCCAUGGCUGCGGCUAGAGAGCUUUCUGCUGAGAUAGAAGAUUCGGUGAAUGAGCACCUCCCAGAGGGAGCGCAUGUAAAGGUGUUUCCAUACAGUGUCUUCUACGUGUUCUACGAGCAAUACCUCACGAUGUGGCCCGACACGCUGCGCAGCCUGGGAAUUUCCAUUGCUGCCAUCUUCGUCGUCACUGUUCUGCUGAUGGGGCUUGACAUUGUUUCAUCACUGGUGACAACUCUGACGAUAGUAAUGAUCGUGACGGACAUUGGUGGUUUGAUGUACUGGUGGGGCAUUUCGCUUAAUGCCGUCUCCCUGGUGAACUUGGUGAUGGCUGUGGGCAUUGCCGUGGAGUUCUGCUCGCACCUGGUCCACUCGUUCGCAGUUUCUGUGGAGGAAACGAGGGUUGCCCGUGUCACGGAUGCUCUGGUCAACAUGGGCAGCUCAGUCUUCUCUGGUAUCACACUCACCAAGUUUGGAGGGAUCCUUGUGCUGGCGCUGGCCAAGUCUCAGAUUUUCCAGGUGUUCUACUUCCGCAUGUACCUGGGGAUCGUGCUGUUCGGAGCAGCGCACGGGCUGAUCUUCCUGCCGGUGCUGCUGAGCUACGUUGGACCGCCGAUGAACAGGCAGAAGCUGGCCAACCGGUCGCGGCAGGUGACGUGCGGCGGCACGGUGGUGCAGGUGACGGAGCGCACAGCUCAGAGCGCUGCACCGCUGCAGCCGGGCCACUGCAUGGAGACGGCAAUGACUGAACGGACCUAGACUAGGCUCACUCCACUCGCCGUCCCGAAACUGUCAAGAGUUCUAAACGGAGUGUCGACGGAAUCUCGAGUGUGCUCUUGUCCCUCCACAAGGAGUGCUUUGACAGUUUGGUGUUACUUCCUAAAAAUUGAGUUUGUGCUGUGGUUUUGGGGAAGUGACUUGCAGUAUUAGUUAUAAUGUUGCUUUGAUGUUAGUAAGUCCAGUACAAAUUCUCAGCUCAAAAGAAUCAAAAUUCCAUAAAAAAUCCCCUUUGUUCAGGUGCAGAAAUCUUCAAAUGAAUCCUGGUAAACAUGUGUAAAUGUGCUUAAUAUCAAAUUGUUCAUGCAGUAAUAAAAUGUAUUGUAUUGUGGUUAUUAUUUAAUCGAUGAUGCACAUUUAACUAAAUGUAUAUAAAAAAAAGUGAACUCUGUAUGUGAGGAAUGUGGGAAGUGAUCUGACGUAAUUCACAAGUGAAGAGUGAUGGUGGUGAUUAUGAUGAUGAUGGUGAUGAUGAUGGAUUUGCUUAACACUUGAUCUUCAGUAAAUCCAAUCCAUCAUUAUCUGCAUUCCCAAUGUGGCUAUUCAGACUAUCAUGUGACCACUUGGCAAAGGUGGUUUGAAAUUAACUAGAUAAAAUAUUUAUUCUGUUGGAGUAUUUAGAACCCUGAAUGCUCUGAACACCCCUGACAUUUAGAACAGUAUUACCUAAAUGUUCUCCUCAAAGUUUUUUUAAUCAUGAACUUCCAACACAAAAAUAAUCCUUCAAAUCACCCAAGCACACUUCCCAACACCUGCCACUUCUUACAGAUUCAAACUCAAGACGUGGGCCAGCCAAUUGCAUCUCUAGCUUUCUCAGCCCUCUGUCUUUGUGGUCUCAUUCUCUUCCAUGUUUUCAGGUUAAGAAAUUGUGUUCCAUUUUAUUAUAAAACUGUCUUGCCAGACAGUUCCACAGUUGAAAAAGACACUUGAGGUUCAUGAGAGACUUGUCCGCAAUACCAGACAUGACUGAUUUGUAAUUUUUGAAAUUUUGUUAGUGCGCAGAACAAAAUUUUUUAGGCUGUUUAUUUUGAUGUUUGUGGGAUGUUAUUUAGCAGAAUCUGCUUUUACUGAAUUUUGGUCAACAGAAUCUCUCUUCCAGGUUUAAUGAAGUGAAGUUGAAGUAGAGUUGUGGUCCUUAUUACUUACUGCUGCUGUGUUUAAAAAUAUUUAUUUUUAUAUGAAUUAGAAGCCAGUAUUAAGAUAAAACUUGUAGGAUUUAGUUUUGUUGUUAGUUUGUGGAGAUUGUCUGAAGGAGAAGUGAAGCUAUAAAGUCUCCCACUUGUUUUGUUUCAGUGUCCAUCAAACUCUUCAGUGUUUUGUGUGUAAUGACAGCUACUUAUCAGGAGAUGCACAGAGAAAUUUUGUUUUAUGUUUUUGCAUAUUUGAGGGACCAAUAAAUUUUGUAAUGUGAAUACCUUUUCUGCUGUGGUAAAGUGUUUGUGGGGGGAGGAGGGGAGGGUGUUGCUACUUAAUGGAUAAAAAGGUUCGUGGUGGCCUCAAAGCCACAUUCUUAAUACAUAAAUUAUUUGGAAGUAUGCAUCUGUCAAAUUUGGAUUGUAUCUCCUUUAUUUUACUCAAAGCUUGUAAUUGGGCACCUUUGUAUUAGAAUUUUGUAUCAUGAGGAAUUGCACAUGAAUGAAAAGUGAACCAUAUUUAAACUAUUGAAAUAUUCCUUGAGGCCUGAUGUACUUUAAUUUUGAUGUUUAGACUUCUUGAAAGGAAUAUUAUCUGAAUUUUUAAUAUGAAACGUUUUAUGGUUGUUCACAAGGAGUUUUUCUGGAAAUUUAGAAAGUGAUGCAUUUGUCACCACUAUUUUUGACGUUGAAAAGAUAACGUAUACAUUUCUCGAUUGGGUUUGUGUCUGGGCUCUUUCAGGCAACAGUUUGUGGGAUGUAUAAGUAUGUAUUUGUUAUAUAUAUUUUUAAGACUGUCUUUUGUAAUACAUAUCAAUAAAAUUUGCUAUUGCAGAUUUUUAAUGUGUGUAUGGUGUGUGCCAACCAAGGAAACUAAUAAUUGGUUCCUCAGGUUUACAGGAUUUUGUUUUUAAGCUUCAGAUGCUAAUAAACUGUUUCAGCUAUCACUUGAUGGGGUAUUACUACAAUUUGAUACUUCCAAAAGCUAUACUCCAUUUUUAACUUUUUAUAGUACCCUCCCCCCUAUGGUCACAUCCUUAUAACUUUUGACUUCAAUGUUUACUUUUGUAACACUGACCUCAGUCAGAUUUCAGUGUGCUUUUUCUUCAGAAUGACGAUUUUAUAAUCAUGUGUAUUGAUUUAGUGUUUACAAUGUGAAAUUCUGUGUACAUUUUAUAGCUUUAUUUUUGUAUUGUUAAUAUUGCUGUUCUUAAAAUAUUCUGUAAACUGAUGUGUACUGAAGAAUGGAGUUGCAGGUUGUCUCUGAACUUUAAGUGGCAAUUUACUUAGGUAGUUGGUAACUGGUAGAGAACGUCUGUCUGUCCAUCUAUACUUUUUGAUGUGGAUUGCUGAUAAGCUGCUGGCAAAGUCUGCCUCGGCACACAGCAGCAUUUUUUGGGCAGAUUUGCACUUGUGGUGUUGAUUGGUAGUUGUGAAAGUGUGAAUGUUUGCACUCUGCAGUAUUUCCUAUAUAUUUAUUGUGUGGUUCACUGUAAGGAAGUAGAUUUUUAUAUGUUGAAACUGACUGUGUAGUAGUAGUAAAAUAUUGGAAUAAAAAAUUAAUUUUCA